AUGCGAUUAUUAGCAUUGCUGCUCUGGCUCUGCGUAGCCUCUUCACUGGCCCGCAUCCUAUCGACGAAAGGUCUCUACGGCCUUGUCAGACGGCGGCUACCCAAUCAUGUGGACCACUUCCACUUCACCAUCGAUUAUUCCAAUAUCACCGGUGCUGACGGCUAUGACCAAUUCAUGGUACAGAGUGCGCCAAAUGGCACAAUUCUAGUCAAGGGUAAUUCUGUCUCAGCGCUGUCAUCGGGACUCCAUCGAUACUUAACGGAAGUCGCUCACGUCGAUAUCUAUUGGUUUAUCGGCAGUCGGCUGGAUCAGAUAGCCUCCCCACUCCCUCGUCUCACCAAGCCAAUUGAGGGAUCUAGCACCGUUCCCUGGAGAUAUCACUUCAAUACCGUUACCUUCUCUUAUACCACGGCAUUUUGGACUUGGGAAGAGUGGGAAACCCAGUUAGACUGGCUUGCUCUCCAGGGCGUCAAUCUGCCUCUCGCUUGGGUGGGCCAAGAGAAGAUUCUCGUGGAUGUCUUCCAUGAAAUCGGUCUCACUGACACUGAAAUCGCGACCUUCCUCACCGGACCCGCAUUUCAGGCAUGGAACCGCUUCGGGAAUAUUCAAGGUUCCUGGGGAGGGAGUUCUCUACCUCGGGAUUGGAUUGACCGACAGUUCGACCUUCAAAAGAAGAUUAUACCUCGCAUGGUGGAGCUGGGAAUGACACCUGUCCUGCCUUCGUUUACAGGAUUUGUUCCUAUGAACACCACUCGCGUUCUCCCAGAUGCGAAAAUCGUGAGAGGAUCACAAUGGGGUGGCUUCCCACGUCGAUACACCAACGAUUCGUUUCUCGAACCCUUUGACGAUCACUUUUCAAAGCUCCAGUACAGUUUUAUCAAUAAGCAACGAGCCGCGUAUGGGAAUGUCAGUCACAUCUACACCCUAGAUCAGUACAACGAGAAUGUCCCUUACUCGGGAGAUCUGGAUUAUCUCCGCAACAUCACCCGUACUACCUGGCAAAGUCUCAAACAAGCUGAUCCUGAUGCCAUCUGGAUGAUGCAAGGCUGGCUUUUCUAUGCACAGUCCGAUUUCUGGACUGGUGAGCGGGUAGAAGCUUACCUCGCCGGGGUGGCGGAUCACAAGGACAUGUUGAUUCUGGAUCUGUUCUCCGAGUCCGCUCCCCAGUGGCGCCGAACCCAAUCCUACUAUGGUAAGCCGUGGAUUUGGUGUCAGCUGCACGACUAUGGGGGCAACAUGGGUCUCUAUGGGCAAAUCACAAAUAUCACCGUCAAUGCAACCCAAGCACGGAUCGAAUCACCAUCUUUAGUCGGCUACGGCUUAAGUCCAGAGGGACAAGAAGGCAAUGAGAUCAUUUAUCGACUGCUGCUGGAUCAGGCGUGGUCUACGACACCCCUGGAAAGUAAACAAUACUUCCAUGAUUGGGUGCGUAGCCGGUAUUCCGGCUCCGGAUCCACCCCUAACGAGCUGUAUGAGGCGUGGGAACUGAUGCGGACCCCGGUAUACGACAAUACCAAUGCUUCGGUUUAUGCUGUGAUCAAGUCCGUGCUUGAGCUUCGGCCGGCCAUCGACAAUAUCGCCGGGAGGGUCGGGUUCCAGGCCACCGCACUCACCUACGAUCCAAUGAUCCUGGUGCAAGCAUGGCACAAGCUCUACUAUGCUGCAGACUCUGAGCCAGCACUGUGGACCAACCCUGCCUAUCGAUUGGAUAUGGUUGAUGUGACGCGUCAAGUCAUGGCCAAUGCGUUUAUUCCCCUGUAUCGCAGUCUGGUGUCUACCUGGAAUACCUCCAACGCCGGCCAAGACACCCUGUCUCGCAAAGGAGAGCAGAUGAUUCAGCUUCUGAGUGAUCUCGAUGCUGUUCUUCUCACCAGCUCCCAUUUUCGGUUGUCUACGUGGAUCAACUCCGCCCGGGCCUGGGCUCAUGGUAACGACAGUCAAGCAUCGUUCUUGGAAUACAACGCGCGCAACCAAAUCACACUCUGGGGCCCCACGGGGCAAAUCGCCGACUAUGCGUCCAAGCAGUGGAGUGGUGUGGUCUCAUCCUUCUCUAUUCCCCGCUGGCAGAUCUUCAUCAAGUAUUUGAAGUCCAUGCCGCCCGCGUCGUUCAACGCCACGGAAUUGACGGCACAGCUGAUGGACUUUGAACUUCAUUGGCAGCAUGAGAAGUGGGAGAAGCCAGAUCCAAGUGGGGAGGCCGAGGAUCUGGAGAAGGUGUUGGGUCGUGUGUACAGUCGGUGGCCAUCUAUCUUUGCAGAAUCGUGA